AUGCUUUUGGAACCUUCGUUUGAAAGAAGAAUUGAAGAUAGCAUUUUGCUGCUGCAUAUGUAUGCUGUUUUGCCUUUGCCAUGCUGGUGGCCCAAGAUGGGUCAGACUCUAGUCCACACAAAGCUCAUCCCUAACCGUGCGCUCUGGAACAUGACAACCAUGUGGUGCUGUGCCUCAAACUGCCAUGGGUUUAAAUUGUUAAAGGAAGAGGCUAUAGAGAAGAGACUAGAGGCUGAUGCGGGAGAAUAUGUGUCGGGACUCGGAGAAGAACAUGAUCAUAUUCUCCCUUUGAAUAGUUUACUCCUUAAAGAGGAAAACGUAAAUAGUUACCCCCAAACACUUGUUAGCCUCAGUGUUAAUACAUUUGGUGUUGGAAAGCUGAUGCUUGGAUUCCAUCAUGUCGUGUAUUUUGGGGCAAAGCUUCUGAUUGAGACUGACUUGACCUUCAUUGCACCAGCUGUAGAUUCUAAAAGGGAGAUGGUUGGGGAGAACACCUUGCUAGAUCAAAAAUCUCAUCAUAGAUGCCGUCGCAGGAAGCAUGAUUGUAGAAUGGUUGAUGCAUUGAGGUGA